AUGGCAGAUCUGCAAGAUUUGCUUGCCCUGCUCCACGGCCAGGGCUCAGCUGGCAACAGUGCUCCUCCGCAACACCCGCCGCACGGUUAUCAACAACCCUCCGUAUCGUCACCUAUCUUUUCGCCAUCGCCUGGCGGACCGCAGCCGCAUCACCAAUCCGCGAUUAUGUCGCCCAAUUCCUCCGCCGCGAACACGCCAGGUCCUGAACAGGCUGGCGUGUCGCAGCAGACACCGCAACAACAGUCGACGCAGCUGCUGAACCUGCUGCGCUUUAAUUCGCAGCCCAGCGUUGCGCAACCGAGGCGCCCAUCGCAGAACAUGCAGUCGUUGGAUACGCCGCCCGCUCACGGCCGUGCUGUCUCAGCCUCUGAUCUGGUAGCGGGCUUCACGGGCGGCAAAUCGCCGCAGGCGCCUGCCAGCGCCGCGUCACUCGCUGCUCGACCAGAGCCGGCGUCUGCAUCGAGCCAGCACCAGCAACAGGACCUGCUGAUGCGCUUAUUGAACCCGAAGCCUGCUCAGAGCGAUACUCACUCCUCACGAGCUUCAGCUGCAGCUUUCUCUCCCCCGCCUGUCGCACCGCAGCCAGAAACGGCUGUCAACGACGUGGCUCGAGACUUGGCUGCCGCCGCUGCAACUCUUGAGACAGCCCUUGAGAACCUCCCUACGGAUCCGACCGCGGCUUCGUCUGCUGCUUCUCCGAUGAGGGUUUUCGGAUCCGAGGGACCGGGCCAGUCCCAAUUUGAGCCGGAACCCACUCGCUCUAACGACGCUCCGCGCUUCACCUAUCGCAACCCUUUCGAACAAUUGGAAGCUGCCAGUCCCCGAAACAGGACUCCAGUUCCCGAAGCCCUAAAGGCUCCUGCGCCCGCCCCCAAGAUGGAGAUACUGAAGCACAAGCAUGGCUUGGAUGGAUCUGCAUCUGCCAGUAGUGGCGAGGAACGACCUCAAUCGCAACACAAGCACCGGAAGUUGUCACCAGCCAAUGCUCCCCACGAAACCGUCGCCGAGGCUGUCAGUGAGUUGGGUGAGCAAAUUGGCAAGGAGAUUGAGGAGACACUUGAGGCCCAGGCUGCGAAGGAGCUUGCCCGCAUGCCGGCUGAGGAAGUCGAGGAGAUCGAAGAGGCUAUUAUUGAAACUGCUUCGGAGAUCAAGAAAGAGCUGGAUGAUGAAGCUAAUUUCAAGGCACUAGAGAAGGAGGUCUCGAAGCCGAUUGCCGCGUCGCUGAAGCAAGUUGCGAACGACAUUGCCCAGGGUGAUGUUGCCGACAGCUGGGAGAGUGCCGAGGACAGUCCAUCAAAGGAAGAAGAUCAGACGGUAAUAGUCUAUCGCUUCCCUAUGCGCGCGUUCGCCUCCAUCACCGUUCAAGAUUUGCAGAAGCCGCGUAUUCUCUUUUCGCCAGAUCUCGUUAUGGAUGUCGCUAGGCUCAAGAAGGAGUUCGACCAGAUCGACCGCUCUCUUGUAACAGCAAGCAAGAAUUUCAUCGUAUAUGCCAUCGUCAAGAAGGGCGGCUUCCGGAUCAUCCGCCAGGAGAACGGUGACUAUCGCCAGGUCUUCGAACACCACCAGGAGCGUCUUUUCAAUGUCGCCCUUUGUGUCGGGGGCGAGGACUCGUCUCAGCAGUCUGUUGAGAGUGUUCUUGGCAUAGGAGUCAAUGGCACUGUUUUCUGGGCUUCAGUCAACCCUGUGCGCGACAGCGACUUCGACGAACUAGACAAGACCGGCCUUGUCCUCCCACCCUCGCCUUCCCAAGAUGAUAACACAUCUGGUGGACAGUUGAAGACCCGGGCGAAGCCAUCAUCGCGCCACCCCGAAUUCUUCGCCAUCGGCCGCGGCAAGGCUAUCCAUAUUAUUUGGCCUCGUGUCGCCGAUGGUUUCCUGCGUAGCAACUCGCGCAUCGUUCACACCGAGAAGUACUACAAGGAGCGCUCGCUUAAGAUUCUCACUGGUAAGGCCGGGAAGGAUUUCACGUUCAGCGAAGAUGACACUGUUAUCGUUUCCUUGGACAAGGCCGGACGCAUGCGCUUCUGGGAUAUUCGGCCACUCAUUGACCCCGUGGUCGCUACACCAGAACAUGAGAAAUCAGUCGAGGUCUCCGAAACUAUGCUUGAAUUCCAUACCACGUCAGCAAAUGCCAAGUCAUGGCCAACCUCUGUGUUCUUCUUCGACAAGGACAAGCCUUUUAACAAGGGGAUUGCUCUGCGAUACGUUAUGGUUGGUAUGAAGCAAAAUCACGCCUUCCAGCUGUGGGAUUUGGGUCUGGGCAAGGCUGUUCAAGAGAUCAACCUGCCCCACGAGAAAGAGUCCGAUGCUAUUUGCAGCGUCGGCUUCCACCCCAAGACCGGCAUCAUGGCUGUUGCCCACCCGACGCGCAACUCCAUCUUCUUCGUUCACGUGUCUUGCCCGCGCUACAACCUGCCGGUCAUGAAUCAAGCCACGUACAUUUCACGCAUCGUGAAUAAGAGCAGUGACAGGGGCCAGCAACUUCCUCCGGUCAACGCAACGGCCAUCAUGACCAGCAUUACGGAAUAUUCAUUCUCCUCGAAGGGCCAGAUCCGUAGCCUCCACAUGCUUAACGAGCCUGCUGGACCGACUGACGUCGACGAUCCGGACAACACUGCUUUGUUCGAACUUUAUGUGAUGCACUCCAAGGGUGUGUGCACGUUGCGUAUCCGACGAAGCGACUUGGGCUGGAAGAAGGAAGGCGAGCCUAUGCAUCCCAAAGAGGCCCAAGAUGAGGGUGUGAUCAGCAUAGCUCCUUUGAAGCCAGCAGCACCUCCUGUGGAUGACUCUGUGACUAGCGGUGACACGCCAGGUCCGAAGUCUGUGUCCGAUCGGUCUGCUCGCGAGACCCUUAAGAAGGAAAGCAGCGCUGCCUCCCGCCAAUCCAUGACCCCCGAGGCUGCUAUGCGCGCAUCUACCUUGGCCAAGGUGGAGAGCAAGCAGGACGCUGCUCGGGCUGCCAUCAUCAACGGCAGCGAGAAAUCAGAGAAGAAAAAGAAGAAGCGCGCAACGGUCGAGUCGGCCUCGCAGGUGUCUACCUCUUCCCGGGUGCCGCCACCUCCUUCGUAUGCUCAAGCUGCCCAGAGCACCCCGUCGACAAAGUCGCCAGCUGCGCCCGAGUCUACUGAGCCCAGCUCCUCGAAGGCUUCUGAUACUGAGAUUCCUGAGUGGGCCAAGAAGCUUGUUGGUCAACUGCCGCAGCAGUCGCCUGCCGCUACAUUUGACUCAAAGAAGCUCGGAGAAGCUGUUCAGGCAGAGAUCAGCAAGAGUUUGUCGCAAUACACCGAUUCAGUGUCUAAGCGCCUCGAUGAUGAGAGGCGCGCCGCCAAAGCUCAGAACAGUGCGAACCAGGAAGCUGUGCUCCGUUUGGUAUCUAGUACGCUUUCAGAGAAUGUGGAAGGGCAGAUCCGUAAGAUGGUCGAUCAAAACAUGCGCGAGGUUUUGUUGCCCAGCUUGUUGACACAGACCAACUCCACCCUCGAGAAGAACCUAGGCAACACAGUCAAAGCCCAUCUUGGUCCGCAGCUCUCCAAAGAGGUUCCCGAGGCGGUUUCACGCACCUUGAAGAGCCCGCAGAUUUUCCAGUCGCUUUCCGAUCAGAUCUCGAAGAAGGUUGCAAUUAGCCUCGAGCAGACAAUCACAGCAGGUGUCGGUGCCGUAAUCACCCCUGCUCUCGCGAACGUCACCAAUGCUGUCGAGAAUAAGCUCAAUGAGCAGGUUCGGCAUGCGCAGAUCCAGCACCAGAAUGAUUUGAACAAGAUUCACCAAUUGACAGAGACUGUGCAAACCUGUCUUCAAACCAUCCAGGCAAUGGCGGCAUCUCAAGCUGAGCUUCAGAACCAAGUCAAUACUCUGCAGCAGCACAUUAAGGGCAUGUCGCAAGUCACACAAGUGGCCCCGGCUGCUCCCCCGGCUGCAAAGCAGAGGACUGCGGAGGAGAUUGAAGCCCAGGACAUCUUCGAUCUUCUUAGCGCGCAGAAGUACGAGCAGGCCACGAUGCAAUGGGUGCAAUCCCCCAACUCUAAUGAGCUGUUCGACAAUGUAUUCAUCAAGUGCAACCCGGGCUACCUUGGCCAGAUCUCGCCGCUUCUGAUUCUCUCGACCGGUGCCGUGGUCACAACUUCCCUCCAGGAGAAUCUUGUGGAGCGGCUUGCUUGGCUUGAUACUGUGCUCAGAAACAUCGAUCCUAACGAUCCUGAAGUUCAUGACGUUGUCCCCAAGAUUAUGGAGGUUAUCAAGGAGCGUCUUACACACGCCUACAUGCGCCUAAACGAGAGCUCUCCUGGCGACGCCUCACUCCGUCGCAUCGCCGGUCUGGUCAAGCGUGUGGGUGAUCUUGUUCCUCGACCCAGUUAUCCUAGCUCCCACGUAGGCUCUUAUGUGUCUCGUUCAUAA